ACAGAUCUGCACAAGGGGGACUACAGGCAAGGAAGCCGGAGGUCGGAUUAACGAAUCAUGACUGAGGCUGGGAAGUCGGUUGCCGACAAAUCCGCACACGCGCACAGUGGCAGGAAAGCGUGCGCAGGGGGUACCUUGGCUGUACUGGCGACGGCCGCAGCUUUCCUGCUGGUCGGACGCUACGUGGUUCCGUCGAACGGUGAAAGUGGAUGCGCGGCACAGCGCUCCGCCGCCGCUGCACCGCUUCCAGAUGGCUCUGUGGACGGAAGCGGCGAGCAGCGGACGUUGAAGCCGACGACGACAGACUCCUCUGUCGCAUGUGUGAACAGCAGCCACGGCCACGACGGAUUUGUCCGACUUGAGAGCGUCCAUCGAGUGGUCGACACCGACUUGCUCGUUGAAGCCAUAGUGGACCAGGCGUUGGAGGAACACGUGCGGUUUCUUGCCAAGGAACCUCACGUAUCUGGCAGUCCGCGAGAAGAGCAGGUGUUGGCGCAAUACGUUGCUGACCGGCUCACUGAGUACGGGUUCGACGAAGUCCAGUUCCAGCCUUACCACGUCCUCCUCUCCUACCCCAACGCCUCGGACCCAAACACGGUGCAGCUCCUCAACGCUACAACAGGCGAAGUUCUUCUGGACGCGGCUUUCCAGGAAAACACAGUUGAUGGGGUCGACACUGACAUUGGACCUGCUUUUCUCGCAUACUCGCCGCCAGGGGAUGUUCUUGGGUGCCUCGUGUAUGUUAACCGAGCUACCCACGAAGAUCUGGACGAUGUUGAAGCACUCAACGUGAGCGUGUCUGGAUGCCUAUGCCUUGCUAGAUACGGAGGGACCACGCUGGCCUCUAAAGCGUACACGUGCGCUCGCAAAGGAGCUGUGGGCCUCCUCGUGUUCCCCGAUUCUAAUGGAGAGUCCGAUGGAACAAAGUCCACAUCGACCCUCGAGAUGUUUCCAUCUGGUCCAGAGAUGCCCGAGACCGUGCUUCGGAGGGACACCAUGAUGCAAGUUGGCGACCCGCUCACCCCGGGCGUACCUGCAAUACCGUCAGCCGAGAGGAUGGAUCCCGCAUUCGCCGGAUUACCACCGAUACCCAGCCAACCAAUCAGCUAUCGAGACGCACAACUGCUCCUAAGGUCACUCGAAGGUCCGGAGGCUCCUGAACACUUUCGCCUAACGGAAAAUGUUACCUACAGGCUGGGAGACGCAUCUUCAGACAGGCUGGUCCGGCUGCGGGUGAACAAUAUGUUCACGCUCGCCCAGAUAAACAACGUCAUCGCAACGCUGCGUGGUUCAGUCGAACCAGACCGAUACGUGGUGGUGGGCGCCCAGCGAGACUCGUUUGGCUUUGGCGCGCUGCAUUCGGCACCCAACACGGCGUCGUUGCUCGCCCUAGGCCAAGCUCUGGGCAGCCUCAAGAAACGGGGUGUGAGGCCUCGGCGUAGCGUGCUCCUGUGCAGCUGGGCGGCCGGCGAGUACGGUCAAGUGGGCUCCACCGAGUGGGUCGAGGUCACCAUUCCGCCUCACUCUAGCGUGAUUUCCGUCGGCACUGAGAAAUUCGCAGACAUAGAAGGCGGCAUUGAGGCCGAUCACCUCUUUGCUAGGUGA